AUGGCCUCGCUUCAAAGCCAUCGAAAGCCAGGAGCAGUGAUCGGCCGACCGUCUUCGUCGGGGACUCGAGCCGUCGAUAGGUCCGCCAUCCUCGCUCGGCGCACCAACCAGCCGCAGUUCGUUCGCUCCACGGCACCGCCGGUGCAGCGAAGGCGGCCAGACGUCGGGAACAUCGUUCACGGAGGUUAGUAAUUGAGAAUUAUUUGAAAAAAAACCGCCACUUCUUGUUAAUGCAAAAAAAGAAAAAAAAGCUGUCUUUUUCAGAAAACUACGAUUUCCCUUGUUAUCUCUUUGACUUCAGCGUUAAUUUUAUCAAGAAACUGUUUAGUUGUGCGAAAAAGAGAAAAACGGGAUGAAAAUCGAGAGUUGACUUUUUCUUAAGAAAAGUGCACUAAGGACAGAGUGUUUUACAAAAUCGCACUAUCCUCUGAAAAUCACGUGAUUGAAAAAAUUGGAAGUUGAUCGAGUUAUCUUUUCGGUGAUUUUGUUCUUAAGUCGAAGUUUUUGUGAUGAAAAAAAUGAGAAAAAAAAACGAAUAUUUUGAAGGAAGAGAUGAGGAGCAGCAGAUUGUGGAGGAGGAAAUCGUGGAGAACAUGCAGGACACGGUGAUCGUCGACCACGACGUUUACGACAACGACGUUCUGCCUGACGAGUUCAUCCACGCAGAACGUUUGUCUCGAGUUUCUCUCUCUCUUUCUCUUCAAUCUGCUUUUCAGAGCUUGUUGUCUACGAGGACGAGACGAUUCCUCAAAUCGGACAGGAGAUUGUCGCCGAAGAAUAUGUUCUGGGAGAUAUGGCUGAGGUUUCCCUCCAAAUUCGCUUUUAUAUUGGUUUUCUUUCCUAGGAAUACGGAUACAUGAUCACCGGCGAAGACGGAAAACCGCAGUUCAUUCCAGCAAAUCAGGUUCACGGUACGAUUUUUUUUUGUAAUUUUAUGAAGUUUGAAUGGAGGAAGAAAUUUUAAAAAAAACUUUAGUUUCUUAAGAGGAACGAAACAUUAAAAUCAGUAUAUACAACAGCGAAAAUGAAUGAAAAAUUUUUUUUUUUUUUUUUGUUUAUAACUUUGUUAAAAAAAUAAUUUUUUUGGCCUGAGAUUUCGAAGAAGAAGUUUGUUGUUAAAAAUCAUUUUUCGGAUAUGAAGUUUCGAAAAAGCAAAUUGAAGAAGUUUUGAAAAAGAUCCUAAUGAGCGUGUUCACACUUAUCGCGUCGAAGAUGCGAGGCUGUUAUCAAGUCCGAAGGCUUCGUAGAAGUAUUAUAAUGUUUUUCUUAAUUUUUUGAAUCGGGAUGGGAGUUUUUCGUCCCGGUUCACUGGCUUUGUUGAACUUUGAAUUUUUUUUUUGGGAGCUUAAAAUUGGUUCAAACUUCUAACUCAAAUCGUCAAUCACAUCAUUUUACUCAUUUCAGGUCAAAAUGAUUGUUUUUGACAAACUUGCAGAUUAAAACCCAAAAAAUACACGCCCAUUUUCUCUACUUUAUAUAUAGACAGGCUUUGAUUUUUGCAAAUUUUUGGCAGCCUGUUUUUUUUCCAAGCCUUCUGAAAGCUUUUGGAAUUGAAUUCGAAAACGAAUUCGAAACUUCAAGGUUUGCGGAUGGACGGAAACGGGAGUCAGAUCGCGUCGGUGGCCUUGCGAGCCCCUACGACGAGUCAUCAGUCGUUCUCCGGCCCCUCGACCUCCUAUCGACGGCAGCAGCCUGCCUACUCUCGGACCUACACACACAGCUCUGAGAACCGACGACAGAACGUCGAAGCCUACCAUCACUUGGGCAACGACGAGGGGAUCCGCGACCAAAUCAUCCAGUUGAACGAUGGCGAGAGGUUAUCAUUUCACACUGUCGACUUUUGGAAAUGUUCUCGUCAGCUCGUGAAAAACGAAAGCGGAAAACUCUUCAUGAAAAAAUGAGAUAGUGAUGAAAAAUUAUCUCAAACACUCUUAUGUGAGAAAAGAUAUGUUGAUAAGGCAAUAAAGUUUUUCCUAUCAAAAAAAAAAUAGUGAACCAGAAUUUUUUGAUAUUUUUAUUUGGUCAAAUGCAGAUUCCUGACACUGAGACGCGCUUUGAGGUCUCAAGCUAUCCGUGUAAGUAUACAACGCUAGAAAGAAGUAUUUGUGAGAGAAUACUUCUCGCCUGGCUAUGAAGGAAUUUGCAGGGAAGACCUCGCCGACAUGGACGCAAGUUUGCCGCCGCAUCUCCGGGAGAAGUUUUACGGUUGCCUGGCCGAUAUCGGAAUUCCCAACGCCGAGGAAGUGAUUCGAACCGCGGCCUCGACCUCUGUGGGCACGAGUUCCGUGUAUUCUUCACGACAGGUCCGUCGCUUCUGUCUUUUUCUCACGUGCUCCUCUUUAGGAAGGCAUGUUUUCUUCGCGCGCUCCUAACGCCGACGAGAUGUUUGCUGCUGAAGCAAACGCCAUCGAACAGGAGGAAGAGUAUUACGGAGAGCCGAGCAGAACAGGUUUUUCAGCGCUUAGAAUAAUUCAUGUUCAGUUCGACAUUUAUUUCCGAUACGAGAACUGUGUAACGGCGGAGUAAGAAAACCUUUUUCCUGGCUAUCCUUCACCGCGAUACCGUUCACGUUCUCGAAAAAAUUUAAUAAUCAGAGAGGAUUCAUCAAAUUUCUAUAUUAACGAGCAAAAUCCUUAGACUUGCGACACGCCUACAGACAAAGCUACGCCUCUCGGAGUGAAUCUGGCGGGAAGUCCUUACAACAAAGAAUAGACGACAUCCGCGCGGCGAACGCGAUCGAAGAGUCGAGCGACAUGCCGGUGUUGGAUAUGGUGGAGGUUGGGCGACGACGACGGCUCCUCUCAGUCGUUCCUUUUUUCAGACGUUCAGCUACCCGAACAGAGGGUCACAGCCUCCAGUAAUGGACACCUACCAGGGUGAACAGCGAAUGAGCGGCGAGAAUCAGGAAAACGGCUACUUUGUCGAGGAGGGCGACACCAGCAAGGAAGAGGUUGCUCUCAGACUCAGAAAACUCUCUUAAUCUGUCGUUCAUUUUUCAUCUUUCAAACUGUUCCCUUAUAUUCUCGCUUUCAGCUUCUCAAAUGCCCAUGUUGCGGAGAAAACCUGCGCAGAUCCAUUUACUACCAUCACGUCAAGACGAUCAACAAAUUCGGCAGCUGCAACGCAAGCGCACCGCAACGCUAUCCUUGCACAGAGGUGCGUCUCACCGGAAAAUCUUCCCUUGAAAAGUAAUAUUUUUCCAGUGCGCCGAACGGUUUGCGACCGUCGAAAAACUCUGUGAGCACAUGUAUCAACUACACAACGCUCCCACGCAGGUCCAGAUCCAGGAAUUCGAGACAGAGGAAGAUUUCGGCGUGAGAACGGAUAACAUUUCUUAAGAAGCUCACCUCAUAGUUCAGAACUUUUUGAGCGGUAUAGAAGGUCGCAGAGGGAAUUUCAAAAAAGGACGUGGAAUGAAAAAAGUCAAAGUAAAAUUUCAUUGAGUUUCAUUUUUAUCAAACUAGUAAUUUCAGCGCGGCGUCGUACAAUAUUUUCGAUGCAACCGAAUGACAAAGUUGGGCAAAGAAAAGGUUUCUUUCAUCUCGAGUUUUCAACUAAUGCUGUUUUUAGAAAACCGAAACGUCCGGCGGAGCCGUCGAGGUCAAACGAGAGAAGCUCGGAGAGCAGGCGGCGCUGAAUGGGAAGCUCGCAGAAGGCGCGCAGACGACGGAAGAUCCGCCGGAGGGCAUUUGCACGGCCUUCAUCGUUAAGGCUUACCUUCCCAAUGGGUUGGUCUUUUUUCGCGUUAUGAAAGUGUUCCCAAAAUGAAAGUGUUCCCAAAAUCAGAGCUGUGCUGUGAAAAGCUUUUCGGAAGUUAUCGUAGAGUUGGGGACCUUGAAAGGGUUUUGAAGAUAAUGGAAAUUUCAGACGGAUCGAGGUCCGUUUCUGCGAGCAUCAUCUCCACACGGACGACCGUCUUCGACUUCCGGUCUCCGUGAAGCGGAGGCUUUACGACAUGUCCAUUAAGAGGCUGCCUCCGGUCGCCAUGCAUCGCGUCCUCCUUGGUUUGUAGCUUCCGAAGUUCAAUGGGGAUUUUUCAGAUUCUGUGUACGAAAUGAAUUGAUAGAUUCGAAACUUUUUGUCAGUUUGUGAGGCUCACCAAUUCGUCUUUCAAACAUUUACAUUACGAAAUUCUUGAAGAAAAAAAAAGUUAAAAGCGCUAACAAAGAGGGAAACAUCUUUGUUAAAGUUUUUUUUCGCAUUUUUUUUUUACAAUUUUCAAGUGUCAAUUUGCAAUUUUUUACGUCGAUUUGCAGCUGAAAUCGAUUCGUUCUGCCCACGCGGAUCCCCGAUGGAAAGAAGAAUCCGCGCCCUAACUUCAGAAGACAUAACGAAUCUCCUUUGUGGAAUCCACAGGGCUUUGCGGCGAGAGAUGGGGGUUCCAGACAUUUCUCUGAGGGUCACAGGCCCUGAUGAAAAACUGCCCGAGAAUCCCAUAGACCCUGCAGGUUCGAACCGUUUUCGCGACUUUUCGACUAUUUUUUGCUUUAGAUAACGCUCCCAUCAAGUCUGAGCUAGAUGAUGUCGAACCACAAAGUUCAGAAAACGUCAUAGUAAACGAACAUUUUACCGAGGUUCAGUCGAAUUGCGACGUUGCUCUGAAAUUCUACGAUUCAGGAGAUGGAAACACAAAAAAAAGAAGAAGAGGAUCAAGAAAGCUUGGCGGAAGGAAAAUUUCCAGAGACACCGGCGGUCGCUGAAGACGAAGUCAUCGACGUCGUCACUGAAGAAGUGCAGGUGAAUAUUUGGAUCGUUUGCAUGUUAAAUUCUUAUGAACCAAGACUAACGCUUUGUUCAGGGUCCCAGAAACGUUGCGAUCGCGGCAGACAAUGACGAAGACACCAACGAGGACAAUUCCAUGGCCGACGAAUAUUUGUGUCGUGAGUCGAAGCUCCUCUCCAGUAGGCUACUAUUCAUUUUAAGUGUACAAUCCGGACUUGGGCAUCGAUGUCGAAAUUUCUGCUCUGACGGAUAUCGAACAGCGUGAACUCGACGCCUACGAACUCUCGAUGGGCAUCGAACUUUCUGAGGAACAGCAACUGCUCCGUUCACGUAAUCGCAUGCGGUUCGUUUUUCCUUUCUUCAAACUAUUUUUGGGCCCGCAACUUUCGCUGGAUAUUUUUGCGUAUACUAGAACUCUCUGGUAUUUCACCCAAAGCAUAUAGAAAUUUCCCAACUAAAAACCCCUUAUUUUCUAUGAACAAGAACAUAUGUAGUUCCUGAUGUACGCGUCGGAAGCGCGGAAAUCGCCUUCAAAUAAAAAUAUGUAUUGAGAAAAAAGAUUUUUACUGACAUCCCUAUGUGUGUUUCUAAAUUUUCUGAAGACAAAAAAUUUGAGUCCCAUUCAAAUAGUAAGCUGAGCUGGUCCCUCUGUUCUCCUUUCUUUGUUCACUUUUCCGAUGAAGACAGUCCAACGAAGAAUUUAUCUCAAACUUGGGUAAUUAAAUAGAACGAAACAAAUUAUAAAAUGCGGCAAUAAAUAUAAAAUUGCGGAAAAAGGGGAAAUGAAAUGUGGCGACGGGGAAGAGACCGAAAACUGAGGGCGACUGGACGCUGGGGACGGCGCUGCACAGUUCUGAGUCAGCGCCUCUAGAGUGGUACGGGUUGCGGCCGGUCAGAGGAGGGAGCCCCAAAAGAUUUGAAACAGGCUAGAGACGUCGAGGGAAGGCCCUUUUCCUCUUUGGAGAGUGAACCAGUCUCGUUAAUAACGGACGGUCUCUUUUGACUCCUUGAGGGGACCUUUAUCCUCUUUUUUGACGUCUUUGGUCUAUUUAUAUGAUUGGUAGUGAUUUGAUUCACAACAAAUAGAAUAAAUUCAGCUUUAUCGUCUUUUGAAAUCGGUCUGAGGCUUUUUUUGAAAUCGGUCUGAGAAAAUGUUUCAUCACGAAAAUGAGGAAAUUGAGCAUUUUUGUGACAACAUUUUUCUUCCAAAAAUUCAAUCUAGAUUCUUUUUCAUAUUAAAAAAAUAAUUGAAAAAAACAGGAAGGUUUGACCAGAAAAAAAUUAUUUUUAAAAACUUGUUUUUCUUAGGUUUUUUUAGAAAAAUACUGGACAGUCAUGCAGUAAUCCACUUUUUUUAUUUUUUUGAUUAUUUCUUUAUCUUUGCCUACUUACCCUGCCCGGACCACGAUCAUUACUUCAAUAAUUUUUAUACUUUUUUUUUUGGGAUUUUUCUGUUAUUUGUCAUCAGUCCUUAAUUUUUUUUUUUUGCAAUAAGCUUUUCUAGACGUCGACAAUUAGAAAAAAGGAGUUGAACGUGUUUUGUUUUUCAAAGUGCUCUGCGUUCCCUAAACUAACUUCCUUCAUUUAUUACCUAAGGGAUUUUUAAAAUUUGUAAUUGAUAUACUAGCUGUUCUCUCGACCGUUAACCUCUUUAAUUGUAGACUUUCUGCGAGUGACAUGUGCGAGAGAAUGCACGACGCCGCCGAGACCAUCCAAGUUUACUGUGUCUGAACUCCCAUACCUGAUUUACUUAUAUUCAGGUGUAUUCUUUCAUGGAGAAAAGCGCAACAUCCUUACACGAGUUGAAUGAAAUGGCAGAUGAGGUGGUUUUCUUGAAUCGAAUCGAUAAAAUGUUUUUCCUUUCUAGGCGGUCGAUCUUUGCUGCAAGCUCCAGGCGACUGUCCUUCAACGGCUAGGAGAAAAAAUCGACGCCAAGCAAAUCAAAAUACAGUAUUUCAAUAUUGCCAGCCAACGAGGGUCAGUUCGAAACUUUUCUCGGUACAAUUUGAAGGCUUCUAGCAAGGUCCAAAAAGGAAGAGAGCCGGAAAUUUUCAAGUAGAACUUACUAAAAAUACUCGAAUAAGUCGAUCCAGAAAAUACACUUUAACACGCUGUCUCUGUAAUUCUCAAAAAUUUCUAAAAGCAACGGGUACAAUAAAAAAAAUAUUUUUUAAUUUGGAUGAAACUUCAUCCAGUAUAAUUGUCCGUCAUCAGAAAUGCGGACCCAACUUAUUGAGCCAUUCCCUCUUACUGUAGCCGGGUUACGGUAGGCAGGUGGGCACCUGCGUAUCUCAGUAUUGAAUAGUUUUUUCUAGGCGAGUGAUAUAUCAAUCGAUAGGUGAUCCAAUUUCAAGAACUUUUACAGUACACACCAUCUUGGGUUACGGUGGAAAAAUUUUGAAUUACGGUACUUUUUGCGUCUGCCGGGUUAGUUUUUCGACCACCACGAGCUUGAGCCGGGAGAUCCAUUCUUCGUAGCUCCUCAAAAGAUACCUUAUGAGAAGCUGUACAAGCUGGUACUAGUUUGAAGAAAUCCUAGGUGGACCAUCAUUUCGAAAAAAAUCUCCCCGAAGGCGCGCAAUCGUGGUCUUGCGGCGGCCAAAUGGGGAAGUCCAUGACGCCUGACGGCUCAUUCUUCACAGAUCCAUUCUAAACUUUGUUUCCAUUGCACUUAUAGAUAUCUAUAAAUGGUUUUUAUUACAACUUGAGAUGAUUUCAGGUUGACCAUCAUCUCGAAAUCUCAUUUUGAACUCAAAUUUGGCCUAAAAUGGCCGACUCGGCUUUUUUCACGGGAUCCCUGACCCCGUAUGUGACCGUUCUCAACUUUUUUCUUCCUUAAAAAUGAACAAAAGUGUCUGAACAAUAGUUUUAUAACGAUCGGAAACUAUUUUGAGAGGACCAUCAUCUCGAAAUCUCAUUUUGAACUCAAAUUUGGCCUAAAAUGGCCGACUCGGCUUUUUUCACGGGAUCCCUGACCCCGUAUGUGACCGUUCUCAACUUUUUUUUCUUCCUUAAAAAAAUGAACAAAAGUGUCUGAACAGUAGUUUUAUAACGAUCGGAAACUAUUUUUGAGAGGACCAUCAUCUCGAAAUCUCAUUUUGAACUCAAAUUUGGCCUAAAAUGGCCGACUCGGCUUUUUCACGGGAUCCCUGACCCCGUAUGUGACCGUUCUCAACUUUUUUCUUCCUUAAAAAUGAACAAAAGUGUCUGAACAAUAGUUUUAUAACGAUCGGAAACUAUUUUGAGAGGACCAUCAUCUCGAAAUCUCAUUUUGAACUCAAAUUUGGCCUAAAAUGGCCGACUCGGCUUUUUUCACGGGAUCCCUGACCCCGUAUGUGACCGUUCUCAACUUUUUUCUUCCUUAAAAAUGAACAAAAGUGUCUGAACAGUAGUUUUAUAACGAUCGGAAACUAUUUUGAGAGGACCAUCAUCUCGAAAUCUCAUUUUGAACUCAAAUUUGGCCUAAAAUGGCCGACUCGGCUUUUUUCACGGGAUCCCUGACCCCGUAUGUGACCGUUCUCAACUUUUUUCUUCCUUAAAAAUGAACAAAAGUGUCUGAACAAUAGUUUUAUAACGAUCGGAAACUAUUUUGAGAGGACCAUCAUCUCGAAAUCUCAUUUUUGAACUCAAAUUUGGCCUAAAAUGGCCGACUCGGCUUUUUCACGGGAUCCCUGACCCCGUAUGUGACCGUUCUCAACUUUUUUCUUCCUUAAAAAUGAACAAAAGUGUCUGAACAGUAGUUUUAUAACGAUCGGAAACUAUUUUGAGAGGACCAUCAUCUCGAAAUCACAUUUUGAACCCAAAUUUGGCUUGAAAACUUUUGGUUUACCCUUCUAAUGAGAUUAUUGGUUCCAUCAAUACAGAUCUUGGCCCUUUUCACUUUUUAAAGAGAAUAUAAACCUGAGAACUGAAAAUAAAUUCUAUUUUGGCUCAAUUCCAGAAUGACUGUUUACCUGGGAAACCCACUUUUAAAUAAAAUUUCGCUUGAAAAUCGAAAUAUUUUUUUUUGGUUUUUUUUUUCACAAAAUUAGUCACAAGACGAGUGUCUUGUUUUUUAGGUAUGAAAAAAAGCCUGAAGAUCCAGAACUACUAUUUAGGUUAUAAUAAAAAAACAUCUAUAAAACAUCAGCUUGAAAGUUAAGUUUCAACCUCACCGGUGGUCAGAGUGUCGGGUUUUUUUCUUUUUAUGAGGAAAAUUUCUUGGUAUUUCACAUUUCUCAUUUUUUUGAUUUCUUGUUUUGAAAAAUUGGCAGAAUAAACUUCGAUGUAAAUGAUAAAAACUUCAAAUGGGGAAACUAAGCCGAUAUUUGAGUUCAAAUCGAUAUUUCGAGAUGAUGGUCCUAUCAAAAUAGUUUCCGAUCGUUAUAAAACUAUUGUUCAGACACUUUUGUUUAUUUUUAAGGAAGAAAAAAGUUGAGAACGGUCACAUACGGGGUCAGGGAUCCCGUGAAAAAGCCGAGUCGGCCAUUUUAGGCCAAAUUUGAGUUCAAAAUGAGAUUUCGAGAUGAUGGUCCUCUCAAAAUAGUUUCCGAUCGUUAUAAAACUAUUGUUCAGACACUUUUUGUUUCAUUUUUUUAAGGAAGAAAAAAAGUUGAGAACGGUCACAUACGGGGUCAGGGAUCCCGUGAAAAAGCCGAGUCGGCCAUUUUUAGGCCAAAUUUGAGUUCAAAAUGAGAUUUCGAGAUGAUGGUCCUCUCAAAAAUAGUUUCCGAUCGUUAUAAAACUAUUGUUCAGACACUUUUGUUCAUUUUUUUAAGGAAGAAAAAAAAGUUGAGAACGGUCACAUACGGGGUCAGGGAUCCCGUGAAAAAAGCCGAGUCGGCCAUUUUAGGCCAAAUUUGAGUUCAAAAUGAGAUUUCGAGAUGAUGGUCAACCUGAAAUCAUCUCAAGUUGUAAUAAAAACCAUUUAUAGAUAUCUAUAAGUGCAAUGGAAACAAAGUUUAGAAUGGAUCUGUGAAGAAUGAGCCGUCAGGCGUCAUGGACUUCCCCCAUUUGGCCGCCGCAAGACCACGAUUGCGCGCCUUCGGGGAGAUUUUUCGAAAUGAUGGUCCACCUAGGAUUUCUUCAAACUAGUACCAGCUUGUACAGCUUCUCAUAAGGUAUCUUUUGAGGAGCUACGAAGAAUGGAUCUCCCGGCUCAAGCUCGUGGUGGUCGAAAAACUAACCCGGCAGACGCAAAAAGUACCGUAAUUCAAAAUUUUUCCACCGUAACCCAAGAUGGUGUGUACUGUAAAAGUUCUUGAAAUUGGAUCACCUAUCGAUUGAUAUAUCACUCGCCUAGAAAAAACUAUUCAAUACUGAGAUACGCAGGUGCCCACCUGCCUACCGUAACCCGGCUACAGUAAGAGGGAAUGGCUCAAAAAGUUGGGUCCGCAUUUCUGAUGACGGACAAUUAUACUGGAUGAAGUUUCAUCCAAAUUAAAAAAUUUUUUUUUAUUGUACCCGUUGUUUUUGAGAAUAACGGAGACAGCGUGUUAACGCUUUUUGUAGCCUUAUUGUAAUGUUUACGUAGAUUGCUUCACGGGUUCUUUCUUCCAAAAAAAUUGAAUCAAACGUUUUAAUUUUUUUGGUGCACGUUAUUUUUGCAAACACUCAGCUUUUAUUAUUUGUAGCAAAAACUCUUUGCUGAAUAUUACAGGCUUUUUUCAAUUUGUUUUUCUUUUAUGAUAAUUAUUAUUUGAAGUGAACUUUAUGGAAGAUAUUUCAGCCGUCUGGCAAGACAACAGCAGGUUCAGCAGCAGCUCGACGAAGAACGACGACGGCGUCUGAUGCAAGACCGUCAGAAGGGCGAAUUCGACUACUACAACACACAACCCUACCAGCGUCAGCGUGAACACGAGGAUUUCGGUGCGGGAGGAUUAUAUGGGGAAGAAGACGUCGACGUGAGAUUCCCUUAUGGAUCCAUCUCUAAACCUUCUUCUUUUCAGGUCACUUCGAUGUCUCCUACGAAACAAGUCGCUCGCCCAGCUCACUUAUCUGUUUCUCCAAUCAACGGACUCCAUCAGAUGGACGUCGAAGCUGGAGUGCAAGAUGUGUUUGAACAGGACUUAGAAAAAGAAAAGCGCCAUGAGCUGAAAGGCCUUCCAAGAUACCUUUUGCCGCCGAAGUUGCCUCGUCCGCGGGCUCCCAGACCACCUAAGCUUAAUCCUGAUGGAACUCCAGUCGAACCGAAGAAACGAGGACGACCGAGAAAAUCCGGCGUUUCAGCCCCGUUGGCAGCACUUGAGCCCCAUAUUGUGCGAGAAGAAACCGUUCUGACAUCGGACGCCGUUGUCGUCAUGUCGAAUGAAAUCGUUAUGCUGCCUGCAGAAGUAGUCCACGAGGAAGAAGUUAUCUCGUCGACCUCAGCCGAAGUCCCUUCGUCGGCGCUCCAGCUCCUCGCGGCAGAAGCUGUCAACGCGACGCAAACUUCCUCGGAACCUCCUGCUAAGCGAGGCAGACGUUCUGGCCCCGAAAGGGAAUUCAAAUCAUCCGAGAACAGAACGAUUCCUGGUCCUAAACGCGCCUACAAGCAGAAAGUAUCCAGAAAAUCAGAACAACCAGUCUUUGAACAACCCUCAAUGGUAAAAUUUUGUUUUUUUUUUUCAUCUUUGAUAGUCGCGGAGGAAAAAGGUCAUUGUGAGAAUAACCCAGAAUGUAACCCGAUUUUCAUAAGAUUCAGAGGAAUUGAAUGUUUUAUACCUUUGACUUUGUUCCGCGGUCAUCAAACUUGCUCUUUAAAAUCUUCUGCUCAAAAAUUGUACAUUUGUCCUAUUUUGCAGAUGUCCAACCUUGUUCCUGUUGCUUCCAAUCACAACGAAGUGCAGGACGGGUCGAUAGAAGACAACCUGAACGUAAUUCUGCAAAUGGAUGAUGAGCUGAAAAAGGAAAAAGAAGAACCCAUUGACGUCGACGAACCACAGAUUCCAACAGUCACACGCACCGGCCGUGUCGUCAAACCUAAACGCUCCCUGUAUGAUGAUUUUUAGGUUUUUUUUUUCUAUUCCUCAUUAAUUUAUCCUUACCUAAUAGUUAUAUUACCAUAUUUUGCUUCUUAAAAUGCGUCUGACUUGUCAUACCCGCUUUAAUUUCACUUUUCGAAACGAUUAUAGUGUUUGGAGUUGGCUUUGCUCACUCUCAAUUCUUGCGAUUAGAUUGACAAUUUGAAACCUAGAACUACCUUAUGACCUAUACGUGUAUUGGCCUCCUAUUCAAAUUCAACAAUUCCAACCACAGCUUGCAGUUUUAUUGCAUAGCUUUCCCUUCGCAAUUUUUUUUUGUGAUUUUGGGCCACCUCACCAAUAAUGCCGUUUUGCAUAUUGUACACUUCCUUUAGAUCGUGUUUUCUAGGAUCUCAAAAGUGCCUUCCAAAUAUUUCAUUCUGAGUGGAAAAAGAAUCUUAUUUUUGAAAACUCCUGGAAGCCUUGUUUUUUUUUCAGAAUUUCUCUUGAAAGAAGUUUUUUUUUGUGAAAAUAUCAUAAAUUUCUGCGAAGCGUCACUUAACCCGUCGGAAGAUUCCCGUUGCGCUAUUUCAUUCGUUCCAUUUUUCGUAUCACGUCUGAAUUUUUCAACUUUUUUUAUAAAAUAUUUUUCCGAAAGAAGAAAAACAAUAGAGAGAGAAAGAGAGUUGAAAAAAAGCCACACAUAGAAAGAGGCGAAUAUAUUCUAUAUUAUAUAGAUUUAAUCAUCAGCAGGAUUAAGCCGUCUCUGGUUUUUGAAACGUUAAUUUGAUGGUGUAAACGUCAUUUCAAAAUUCUACAAAAAGAGCUCGGAAAGAAUCAUUAUACGUAUUUUUCAAAAAAAAAAAAGGUUGAGACAAGGGUUCUCUGUUUGGAUGGAAGCUAGCUUCCGCCCAUUACAACUUCUGUUUCUUGGAUACGCGUCGCUUUUGGCGCAGACAAAGUGGUGCACGUCCCUCUCAAAGGAGAUUUUCUUCUGGGUUUCCUCAUUGGACAGAGCCUUUGCUCCGCCCACACCAGACUCUUGUCUGCCGGACACUUCUGUUACUUUCCUGUGUUCGUCCUGUUCUUUUUCUGAGCUCCAUUCAUGUAGCGCCUUGAAAGAAGCUUUCAAAGAAGAAUAGUUCCUGGCUUUUCCAAAAAUAUUUCAUAGAAUAGUCAUUCGAAUAUUAGUCACAAAAGGUUUUCGCCGUCAAAAGCGGAAGCUUUCCGAUCGAAGGAACUGAUUUGAAAUCAGUCAAGCCCGCAUUUUCCUUUUUGAAACAAUCUCACCGUAUUCGAAAUUUCCUAGAAAAUUUCGUUCAUAACACAAUACAGAUUGAAACAAAAGAAGUUAUUCGAAAAGUCGUAGAAGUUUUUCAUGAGCGCAGAAGAGCCAAAAAGGUGAGCUAUUAGGAAAGCAAAAGCCGACUCUUUUCCGAGACGUGACCGCAUUCUUCGCGCUUCGUGCCAAAAAAGAUCAAACUUAGCUGCUGUUGCUAAGUGGCGACUAUAUUUGCCUUUCGAUGAAAAUCAUAAUUUGUGGGGAACUUUCUUUUACAUAACCUGCUUCAUGACUCAUUCCGCGAAAGCUUUUUUUCCGCAAAAAAUGACCGUAUACCGAAUUCGACCCCAUAUGACCAUCUAACUCGGAACACACAAUACUAGAUGGACCUACCAUUCAUCUUUUUUAGGUAAGGUACCAAACGAGUCGUUCAUUUCUAGAUAGGGAUGGGAAAAUGCCGAGCAGCUUCUUCCAUUUAUCGUGUUCUCGAAGAAAGGCUCUUUCUUCCACAGCUUUGACUUGGAAUAAAGGAGAGGCCUGAGUGUGGGCGGUCGAGUCCCUUGACAUCAUUUCUUCGCUACUGGAAAUUAUUUUUCAUUUUGCUAACUCUUCCUCUCAAUGCGUCCACUUCUCGUGUUUUUCCUUCUCGAAAGCUGUCAAUGUAGACGUUUUCUGCAAUGGAACACGUCGUUGCUAAAUGAAAUUUGUAUUUCUUUUGUUUUUUGCUAGUUCUAUACGCUAUUCUCCGAGAUAUGUAUGAUAGCGAUGAAAUUUUCUUCAACGAUAGCUCGGAUGGAGAUUUAUCCCGUUCAAAGUGACUGCAAACGGCCUUUCCGUUUUCACGGCUUCUGGAAAUGUAAUAAACAAAAAAAGAUGAAAGGCGUCGGAAGAAAUGUUCGAGGCAGUAGCCUUUUUCUUGCCACCGGAGAAAUUCCGUUCAAAUGCGAGAAUCCAGCUUUUUUGAACUCGGUCAGUUUCAAAAUUCAUAUUUUAGUUGAUUCAUUCAUUUUCUUCAAGAUUUAUAUGGAAUCUAUUAGACGAUGAAAAUUGCGUUUUGUUUCCGAAGAGAUUUUCAUCGUAUUUCGACUCCAAGUAGUGGGAAUGCAAUGGAGAGAAGUUCUUACGAUCAUUCUAAAAAGGGGUUGAACAGCUUCUGGAACGAGAUUUGGCUUGAAAAAAAAUUCUAAAAUUUGAUACUUGCUAGGCAGAGAUUCUCUUCAAGAAUAAUAACUUCUUGGUAAAACUUGAGAUAAAAGCAUUUCCAGACAAACUCACUGUCUAGCAACUUUUUCUCGAGAUUACUGCUUGCAGUCUUUUUUGUGCUAGCCUGAAACGAGGUUUUCGGAUGGACUUUACUUGAAAUUUGUGAAUAAAAACUAAUUUUUAAAGAGUUUCUAGAAGUUUGCGAAGAAAUAUUAAACAUAUUUGUUUAAAUAGUAUUCCAUUUACCUCAACUAUUAGUAGUUUUUUUCUUUCUGAAACGAUUCAAAAAAUUUAGGCAGAGAAAAAAGAGCUGCCACUCACUAGGGAACUACUCGGACUCGGGUACGCCGAUCGAGUUCAAACUUUAGUGGUUUAUAGACCUAAGUGAGAAUACCUGAAAACAAGUGAGAAUAUCUGCUAAACCCAAUAGAGAACUGAGAAAAAAAAUUAGUAGAAAAAUGGGAAAAAUUAGGCCUGAAAUUUUUUUCAGAAAAACUGUUUCUUACCUUAUUUUUAUAUUUUUAAUACAAUCGCCUUGAAUAAUCCCGCUAUGAUAAAUUCUAAAAAACUUUUUCCCAGCCAAAAAAAUGAGGAAAGCCAGAAAUUUGAUAAUUUUCAAGCCUAAACUGUUCAUUUUCAAUAAGCUUUUUCUCAAAAGCCUAUGGGGUUUAGCAGAUAAACUCUCUUGUUUCCAAGUACUCUUACCCGGGUCUAUAAGCCACCAAAUUUUCAACUCGAAACACGUACCCGAGUUCGAGUAGUUCCCUAGUCAGAGCAAAUGAGCUCCAUUUCUAUAACUCGAUCUUAUUCACAACUUUAAAGAAACUUCUUUUUUUUCUUCCUUACUAGCUAGCGCGUCUUGCAUCGAACCAAGGCAAUAAAUCCAGCGACACCCGAGUUUUCAUUUCGGGCGAACGAGCACUUUUCAUUGGCACGUGCAAACUCAUAAGGUAGCCAAAAGCCCUGAGGAAGCAGGCCAUUCGGCGCUCCGCUCGGUCUCACGGACCAAGCCACCCAUGAACACCGCAUUAUAAUCGUUUCUCCACGCGGCUCCCACGCCUUCCGACCCCAUUGUUUUCUUUUUCUGCUGCGAACAACUUUUCGUUGUGUUGAAAAACAUAAUGCUCAUCCAUGGUACCACUGAUCCUCCGCGAGAAUGUUUCUUCACGUGAGUUCAACUUUCGAGAUUAUUCACUGGAUCGGUUGGCAGUUUUUAUCAUAUUUAUUCGUUCCUUCCAAAUCAAUGGAUAAAUUUGAGGACUUUCUUCCUUUUUCUUUGAUCUCCAUGAUAACUUAGUAGAAACCCAAAGUUCUUUUCCCUGCACUUCGGCUAAUAAUUUGACAAUACCUGCGUCUAACUUGACUAAUCUGUUGAGAGGUCGAAUGGCUUGAAAAUGCCGACGGAAAUUCAGAAUGACGCUGUCGCCAGAGACGCUGCUCAUCGUGCUGGCCAUCGCCAUGUGUUCCUUGCUGCUGCUUUUCACAGUCGCCGUCGUCGUCGUCUUCCACUGCUGCCGGGUGGACGCCCUGCACGGCUUGCCUUCAGCCGUUCUCCAAGUUCGUGUUCCCGUUGCUCACUCCACCAACUUGAACAUUCUUGUCCACCUCUAUCAAAACAUUUUUCUUGUUCUAUAUUUUUGAGAACUUUUACGCGUUCAGGAGCUAUUUCAGAUUUUUGAACAUCCUUCUGAGAAACGGAAGAUAGUCCGAGAUAUUCAUUUUUGAAACUCGAAACGACUGCGCGAAAAUAAUUUCUUACUUUUGCCAUCUCAACAUCAUUUAUCACUUCACCAAUGAAUAAUUAACGACAAUACGUUUUUAGGGCCAAAUAAAUAGCUUAAUUAUGGAAAAAGCUUUCUUUUUCUAUGCAAAUGAAAUUACCUUGUGGACUCAUCUUAUGAAAUGCGUCAGCGCAUUUUUGUAGAUUUGAGCCAUUAGUCAUCUAACAAGCCUUUUCAGUCACUUUUCCUUCAUCUUUAAGAAGAAGUUGUUUUCAGCGAACGCGGAACUCAGUGAACUGGGCUCGGCAUUCGGUCUUCAGUCACCAGAACCUCGAAGACGACGACGACGAGACGGACGAGUGCAGCGGGACUCCUCGACGCAGUUUCCUCCAGCCGCCUCCCAUCAUGGUCUGA